GUCGCAGGAAGAAUUGAAGAUGUCUGGCAGAGGCAAAGGAGGCAAGGGUCUUGGAAAGGGAGGCGCUAAGCGUCACCGUAAAGUUCUUCGUGAUAACAUCCAGGGUAUCACCAAGCCUGCAAUCAGGCGUCUGGCUCGCCGUGGUGGUGUAAAGCGCAUAUCUGGUCUCAUCUACGAAGAAACUCGCGGCGUGCUGAAAGUGUUCCUUGAGAACGUUAUCCGUGACGCUGUUACCUACACCGAGCAUGCAAAGAGAAAGACCGUGACCGCAAUGGACGUUGUCUAUGCUCUGAAACGCCAGGGUCGUACUCUGUACGGGUUUGGUGGUUAAAGAUCAGAUUUCUCCAUCUAUCUA